AUGUCUCCUAUUGUCGGUAUUGCAUUUGGUAACACUACGUCUUCCAUUGCGUAUGUUAACCCCAAGAACGACGUCGACGUGAUUGCAAACCCUGAUGGUGAGCGUACUAUCCCAUCGGUUCUGUCGUACGUUGGCGAAGACGAAUACCACGGUGGCCAAGCCCUUCAGCAACUUGUCAGAAACCCAAAGAACACGAUCAUCAAUUUCCGUGACUAUUUGGGCCUUUCGUUUGCUGACUGUGACGCUUCCAGAAGCACCACGGGCGCUCCAUUGGUCGAAAUAGAUGGAAAAGCCGGCUUCGUAAUCACUAGAGGCGAUGGCAGACAGGAAAAUCUGACUGUGGACGAAGUUGUGUCUAGACACUUGAACAAACUAAAGUUGGCGGCUGAAGACUACAUUGGUGAAAAGCUUUCCGAAACUGUCAUUAGCGUUCCAACGAACUUCACAGAUGCUCAAAAAGACGCUCUUCGCGCUUCUGCCAAGAAGGUCGGCUUGGAGGUAAUCCAGAUCAUCAACGAACCUUCGGCUGCGUUGUUGGCUCACUCUGAAGCUUUUCCUUUGAAAGAUGACUGCAACGUGGUUAUUGCCGACUUUGGUGGUGUAAGAUCCGACAGCGCUGUAAUUGCUGUGCGUAACGGCAUCUACACCUUGUUGGCUACUGCUCAUGACUCUAGCCUUGGUGGUGAGAACCUAGACCAAGAACUUGUGGAGUUUUACGCUAAGGACUUUCAAAAGAAGACCCAGACCAAUCCAAGAAAAAAUGCAAAGUCCAUGGCUAAGCUUAGAGCCAACGCCGAGCUAACUAAAAAGACCUUGUCGAACGUCGCCACUGCAACAAUCUCUAUCGACUCUUUAGCCGAUGGUUUCGAUUAUCACACAUCCAUCAACAGACUAAGAUACGAAUUGGUCGCCAACAAGGUUAUCAGCAGGUUUACUCAGUUUAUCGAGGAUGUUAUCAGCAAGGCGGAAUUGGAUCCUCUAGACAUCGAUGCCGUUGUCCUAUGUGGCGGUACGUCUUUCACUCCUAAGUUGAGCUCAAACCUAGAGUUCGUCCUUCCAGAAUCAGUGGCAAUCUUGGGGCCACAAAGCAAAGAAGCCACCAACAACCCUAACGAGCUUUUGGCCUGUGGUGCUGCUCUUCAAGCCCAGCUUCUUUCAAACUACGAUGCCGACGAGUUGGCUCAAGCUUUGGAACCCGUCGUCAUUAACACUCAGCAUCUAAAGAAAGCCAUUGGUCUUGUGGAUGCCAAGGGAAAUUUUGUUCCAGUGUUGAAGGCUGAAACUUCUUUCCCAGCAAAGAAGAGCAUCACUUUGAAGAAUGCCAGCGGGGAUCUAUUGAUCGGCGUAUACGAGGGUGACCAUCACAUCAAGGAAACAGUAGCUGAGCCUGCUGCUAAGGGUGAGCAAGAUGACGAGAGCGAUUGGUCUGAUGAGGACGAUGAACCCGAAGUCAUCAGAGAAAAACUUUACACGUUGGGCACAAAACUCAUGGAACUAGGCGUCAAGGGUGUUAAUGGUUUGGAGUUGUCUUUCAACCUCAACGACGCUGGUGUUUUGAGAGUCGCGGCCAGAGACCUAAAGUCUGGUAAGGUCGUGAAGGGUGAAUUGUAA